CCAGGAAACAAACAGAAUUGAAAGAAACACUAUUAUCGUUGGCACCACGACCUGGAAUCCAUAAAACAAUAGAAACUAGAGAAAAAGAAAGCAGUGAACUCUUUAAGAGAUGGCUAUUCGCACGUGUCUCAAUCUUGGCCGUCCACAAAUUGCUCCUGUCACUUUGACUAAAAGUCCCUCUCGAAACUGCAAAUUCUCAGUUCAGAGUUGCAGUUUAAGUUCUAAUCAAUCCCACAAGCAACUGAUUGUGGAAGUAAAGGAGAAGCUUGGAAGAGAUUACCAUAGUCUACCAGUAGGGAAAAAUGGACGAGAUGAUGAAGAAAUGAUCCUUUGGUUUCUGAAAGACCGGAAAUUUUCUGUGGAUGAAGCUGUUUCAAAAUUGACCAAAGCCAUUAAAUGGCGUGAGGAAUUUAAAGUGUCGGAACUGUCUGAGGAGUCAGUGAAAAGUAUAGCAGACACUGGAAAAGCCUACGUGCAUGAUUCUCUUGAUGUUUAUGGAAAGCCAGUGCUUAUAGUAGUGGCAUCCAAGCACCUUCCUGCUGUGCAUGAUCCCGUUGAGGAUGAGAAACUGUGUGUUUUUCUAAUUGAGAAGGCAUUGAGAAAGCUCGCAGCUGGGAAAGAACAAAUAUUAGGAAUUAUUGAUCUCCGGGGAUUUAGUACUAGGAACGCAGAUCUUAAGUUCUUGACCUUUCUGUUUGAUGUAAUUUACUACUAUUAUCCGAAGCGGUUGGGCCAAGUCCUCUUUGUGGAAGCCCCUUUUAUAUUUAAGCCAAUAUGGCAAGUAGCCAAGCCUCUGUUAAGAUCGUAUACUUCUCUGGUGAGAUUUUGUUCUGUGGAGACGGUGAGGAAGGAAUACUUUACAGAAGAAACUUUGCCGGCAAACUUUAGAGAAAAGACACUCUGAGUCACUGAACUUCCAUGCGGCUCGGGGCAUGGAGUUGUAUUUACUGAACGGUGCUGACAGUACACGUUUUGACAAGAGAAACUUCCUUGAACCAAUCUGAUCUUAUUCAUGAUUCUUUUAAAUGAUAAAUAGAUAGAACAGUGGGAUAUAAUGUAAUGUCUGUAUCAAGUAUGAAGGGUCUCUUGUGUCUGCA